CGUCUUUUGGAAAUGUAUUCAUUUUUAAUUAGGAUGUUUUGGUCUGGAGUGAUUGUCGACUGCGCGGUGCUCUGCUGAACCGGGACAGCGAUGCUUGAAUUGCUUGUUGUGUGAUGAGAUAUUGGGAAGCAUUCUUGUUUUGAUUGUAUGUCCAUUCAUUUAAUUUCCCCCCUGUACAUUGACCUGAAAAUGCCGACCGGGUGCAAGAGGGAGAAAAGCAUGAAGAUGAAAACAGCAAAGGCUUCAAAGGUGCUCUCUUCAGGAAGGUUAGUUGGCUCUUCAAAACAAUGGAAUGGAAAAAAGAGGACCACAGGAAGAAAAGCUUCAGUACUCUCCGUAGAGUCUGGUUAUUCGCUGUAUUCCACUGACUCCGAGGAUCAGGUUACAAACAUUCAUAAAGGCCUUGAUCGAUGUGCAGCGUUAUUGCAGGAUAUUUUGAAAAAUGAGACCACAGAUCCUCACAUACUGGGGAAGACAAAUGUUACAAGAGCAAAGGUGGUGUCAGGCAAAGAAGGCACCAAAAAGGAAGUUAAGAAGAAUACCUCUAUGGCUCAACAUGUGCAAAAAGAUGUUGUUUCAACACCAGCUUUCAAGGUGGCACCUGAUUUAGCAGAAGUAGGUGUGAACAACACUGGGCAUGUGUCAACAGUUCCUGAGUUUAGAAUUCCUUCAGGCCAACAUUCUCCGCUAAGAGAUAAGUGUCUUUCCGAUCAUGUUGAGACACAAAUGGGUCUUCUAAAUGGCCAUGUUCCAGUAAAUGCCUCCAAUGGAAUGCCAGCUAGACCUUACAACACAAUUUUAGAUUUUGGAUCUCAAUAUGCUCCAACAUUUAAUUGUCGACUCCCCACUUCAACACCAGCUAUGUCUCCUAAGGACGCUGCUCACCCAUUGUUAAUUCAACAUAAUAUUUCCAGUGACACCUAUAAUCCACCAGUUUCUCAUGAAGGAUUGAACUAUUUGCCAGUAUAUUCUCCUCCAGCUACCCUUGCCCCUGCUGUGCCCACAUCUGCUUUGGCUCAUCUUGUUUGUGAUGGUGGUGGAAGCUACAGCUUGAGAAACCGAGGUCUACAUCAAAGGAAGGAACUAGAACAGCCAAAGUGUACCCAAUGCUCCAAAACCCAAGCAGAGCAGCAAGGGAAAGAGCCUCAUCACGAGGGUUGGAAAACACAGACGCAAUCACAAGGGAUUAACAAAUCGAACAUUGAGCACGUUGAAGGAAAUGCCGCUGAAGAAAUUCACAUCAAUUUACUGGAUGUUACACCCGUAAAGGACACCAUUGGCCAUUGCAAUCCUGCCAAACAUGCAAAGUCAAAGAAACCAAGUCCUGACAAAGCAGGGAAGGGUAAAACUGCCAGACAUCUUCUGAGUGAACUUAAGGUUCUUAUUGCUGAUCAAGAUAACUCUGAAGUUCUCAGGUUGAUAAUAGAGCUCGAGGAUAGUAUCUCUGUACUCCCCACUGUGAUUGGAAGCACUAACGUAGAAGCAGAAGUAGCUAUGAGUCUUCAGCCACUACGCAGUGAGAAUUCACAGCUUCGCAGACGGUUAAGAAUAGUAAACCAACAACUUCGGGAACGAGAAAAAGCUGAAAAAGAUUCGCGAUCUACAGGUUGCAACUUUGAAGUGGUCUCCCUGCAGUCCAUGAAUACAACAUUGCAGGCCCAGCUGAGAGAGUCAUUGAAAGGGCUUGAGUCUUUGCAAAAGAAAAACGAAGAGCUGCUGAAUGUGAUAAGCAGUCAAAGAGAGCAGAACAAUCAAUUACUCCGGCAGAUGCAAGGGAAAGAACAGGAUCUGUUCCAGAGCAGACAACAGUGUGAGAUGGACACAUCUCGAGUGAAGAUGGAAGUCGAUGAAGCUUUAACGAAAAUGAGAAAGAUUCAGCUAAAACUGGAAGCCGCGGAGAAAGAAAAUCAAAUCUUGGAAAUAACACUCCGUCAACGUGAUGCGGAAGUGAACAGGUUGCGCGAAUUAACCAGAACUUUGCAAGGCAGUAUGGAAAGACUUCUCAAUGACCUUAGUAUGGAUUUUAUGAUACCCAAAUCCAAACUGACCAGAAACAACCUUCAGGAAUAUGAAAAGCGUCUGCAAGAUGAUCCAGGUUUGAGCUCCGUGACAGCUUAUCUUAAAAAUCUGAACAUCAAUUCUGUACAAGACACACAUGCUUCAUCAUUGCUGUUUAAAGUACCUGAAUGUGAACAACCUAAUUUAACUGCUGUGUCAACCAGAAUAUAUCAAAAUAAUGGCAUGUCAGAAAAGUCUUCACCCUCAGGUUUUUCUAGGUACAGUGUACAGACUGAAUAUCAUGAUGUUAAGAAUGAAGACUCUAAGCUGGAUGAAACCACUUACAUUCCAUUAGCAGGCAAUGCCUGCAAGCAAGAAAAAGAACCAGCGAGGAGAGAAUGUAUACCAGUGCAAUCAUAUACUAGAUUAAAUGCGUUGCCUUACGAUAGUGGAAAUUCAUGUAAUGGAUUGAUAGUAAUGCCACAUCCACUGGAUGAGUUGGAAAAGCCACAAAAGGUGGUGUUUGAGGAAAUACCCGUUACUGAUAGGUUGAAGGAAACAAUGGUACCAAGCGAUUAUUCAUCAGAAACUGGAGUGUCAGAAAAUAAUCACAUCCCGCUGAGGCCUUUGGACACUGUUGUACAUCUUCCAAAAUCCAAUUUAGAUCUGUGUACCACACCAACAUUGAGAAAUGAGCCACAAUUACAGAUUGACACUGUUUCAGUGGUAGAUUCAAGUUUCUUAAGUUUUGAUUAUAGAUAUCUAAAAUCUAAUUGCAGCACGUCAUCGAUUUCUUCUUUUAAUUCCAGGGAUGAGCAAAAUUUCAGGAACAGCUUAGCAGCAUUAGAUGCUAAUAUUGCAAGACUACAAAAGAGCUUACAGGCAGAUUUUGAAAUAAAUCGACCUUAAAAUAUUUAGUAUCAUUGACGUGUAUAUUUAUGUCAUGAAUGCCGCUUGUAUCAGGCAGGGGUUUUUUUUAAUGUUUUUAGUUCUGCAAUCAUGAAUGUGGUUUUGUGGGAUUUUUCUAAUUAUAUUUUGAUGUCAGAAAAUCUGAAUCCUUAAUGAUUUUUCAAAUUGAGUCAAAGGUUUACAGCGAGUUAUCUAAGAUAUUUCUAACUCCCCCAAAAAAAUGUAGCUACAAUUAUGGAACUGUUAGCAUUCACCAUUAUUUCCAAAUGUAUGCUGGAGUGCAGUUUAAUAUGGAAAUCAAAAUAUUACGCCCAGUGAUUCUCUGCAAAAUUAGAUUGUCUAAUUGCUUCGGGUAUUAAUAAACUUGCUUGGAAUGUAUGUGUUCUAAUACUUGAGAUAUACAGACCGUUUUAAAAUAAAAAUGACAAAUUAACUGAAUGGAUAUUAAAUGUCAUUCAAUGUAAAAA